UACAACAGCUGAUUGUUUUUAUUAUCAAGUGAUAAUCAUUUUGUUAAAAAAGGUCAUUUAUAAACUAAAUCGAAGUAUACUAUUAAAAUGUCGGGCCCUUACAAUUGGCAGAAGUCUACAGAGGGACAAAAUACAACGCAAUCUCAAUUAGUAGCAAACAGCUACGAUAUCCUUGAGCGAAGCUCUGCGAGCAUACAGCGAUCCAAUCAAGUUGCAAUCGAAACUGAACAAAUAGGCACUGAAGUAUUAUCUGAGUUAAAUGAGCAACGAGAAUCUCUAUUGCGUUCUACACGACGGCUUCAAGACGCAGACGCAGACAUUGUGCAAUCAGGAAGCGUUAUUAGAAAACUGCGACGCGAAGUGCUUUAUAAUAAAUUAAUUUUAGUGGUCAUUAUAAUUUUAGAAAUGUGUAUAUUAGCUGGAUUGAUAGUGCUCAAAUUUGUACGUUUUUAGUUUGAUAUUAAUGAGGCAAAUGAAUUGAA